AUGCGCAAGCUCCCUGAUAGCUUGGGCCCAUUUAAAGUGGACUGGCUUCGGAUCGAUGCUGCUGCUCAAAUUAUGACGGAGAUUGUCCGAGAUUGUCGUUACCGAACUGACCCUGGAUUGACAGUCUACAAUAUCACAACCUCUGCAGCCACUGAGUGGCAGUCGCUUACCGGGCUGGUGGCUAAACCAUGCGAUGCUAGCGUGGUUGCCCUCGACGAAUGGGUACAAGAUAUGGAGCUCCUGGUUAAAGGCGAAAAUGCCGAUCUUCGUGAGCCUCCUGCUGCGGGACUCUUGGAUAUCUUCUGGAUGCUUGUCAAUUGGCAAAAUGAUACAAUGCCAGCAUUGGACGUGACAAAUGCUCAAGUGGCCUCGCCAACGUUGCAACAAAUUGGCCCUGUUGGCGAAGAAAUCAUGGAGAUAUGGCAAAUUAUAUAUAUCUACUGCCUUAUGAAUUAA